UAGAAAUUUUCAAGACGUGUCAAAGACUACCAUUACGUGGAAGCGGCCAGGAUUUCUACCUUAUUUUCACACAUUUCAGAAUUUUCAAAUUCUCUGGAGCCGAAAUGGCAUACUCUCUCCGAUGUCUCUAUACGAUGUAAUUCAUUUCAAGAUUUUUAAAGAGGAGGGAGAACUUGCCAGAGUUUGCCAGCAAACAUGUCUGCCUCGGCAGAUGUGUCCCUGAGCAAAGGGAGCCAGCCGAAAAGUAAGCGGUCCUUCAUUGCCCGCCUGCCGUCUUUCCGCAAGAAAAAACAUACUCCAGCUAAGGAGUCGGAACUUGAUAUGCACUUAAGGAGUGCAGAGGAGGAUCUGAAUGGUGGUGUGAAGAUAAGGCCCCCUAGCCAGGUCAAAAAUCGCAAGGAUGACAACGUGAAGAGGAAGUCCAAAACGUCUUCGAUUGUCGCGAGCUACGAGAAGCGUUUGAGUGAUCUGAAGGAUGAAGAGAGCAGAACUAAUGGUAAAAAAAAUGGAAAUGGAAAAACAUCUCCUGUGGACAAUGGCGGGAAACAAAGUCCCCAGGGUGGGGCUACCACAACGACGACCCAAAAAUCCUCGCGGUUUGGCUUUGGUUUUGCCUGGCAGAAAAUCUCUUCUUUCGAGAACGGCAGUGGCAAAAAGACAGAGUCAAAAAAGCAAAGGGACGAAUUGAAUGCAAACAUCCAGCAAGCUAGGGGUAACAUCAAGAGCCUGAGUUUGGACCUGGAAUUACCCCAUGGCUCCCCGCCAGACAGGGAGUCGACGAGUAGCGUCAAAACGCCGGAGAGUGAUCGCAGCUCCUGCAGUUCAAACAGUAGUUUCAAAGUCUACGGGCAACCCAUGCUGUACAAAAGUGUCUUCAGUGACGAGCCGAGGGGGCUUAAACGCCAGGCCAGCAGCAGCCAAUCAGAGGGUUUUAACUCCAGCGGGAUAAGCUUGUCAAGCUCUACAUCCCCGCUGCAUGAUAAACUGAGAACUGCUGGAAGUGCAGCAACCCAUGUUGAUAACUCUGAAAGCAUAUCACGGCUGACUCAGAUGAACAGAACUUUCAGCAAAGAAGACAGCGGUGGUGGCGUUAAUCCCAGUAUUCAUGAUCGGACAUAUCCUAUCGAAGAAUCACCGACUUGUAUUGUGAACACUACUUUCAAGCUGGAGCCCGGAGACUACAGUGCUGAGAACACUGGAACGUCUGUCGAGCAGGAGUUACCUCAAAGUUCUCCCGGGGUGGUCAGGAAGGAAAACUCAAUUUCCUGUGCUCGGGAUCCUCCAAUCAGUACAGCAGUAGUAAAGGAUGGUGACGCGCCAUGCGAGUCAGGAUCUCAGUCCAGGGCACUCGAUAAAGUCACUCUGCUGAGGCAAGACGUUUCCCGACCGAGCGCUGCUAGCCCAGCCCAAGAUAUCCCGAAGGAAAUCAAUCCGCUGUUUGCUUGCAUUAAAAAUACUGAUCCUUUGGUAUCGCCAAGACAUCGACCUACCUCAAACACUAUGGGGGCUGUCCAGUCGUCCGCGGAUGCUUUUUCCACGCCUGCAAGACCAGUUGAACUUCCCCUGCACCUCCGGAACCCCCACAUCAGCGCCAUAAAGCACUGUUCGGAGUCCCUGGACUCCUGCGAACUGGACUCGUUGUGUUCGGAGGACCUCAUGUGCGACAGCCGGUACCUGGAUGACGACAUGUUUGAUACGAGAGACGAGUCGUGUCACCUUAGUCGCAGCUUGAGUGUGGAGGAAACGGCGGCCAUGCACAGGGCACAACUUGGCUGGUCGGGUCGGGCCAGGGCCGUCAGCGUGGAUCAGUUGCCGACUAACUCCAGUCUGGAAAAAAGGGUCGGCGUGACCAGGGGUCUGGCACCGUCACCCCUGGGGUUACCCCCUGGACGGAGAGGGGGUAGUAGGAACUACCCCGCCCACCCAGUGCCGGACGAGGGAUGCCAGUCGCCUGUGGAAGAGCUUCAGUUUCUCAUUAACAGUUCUAGUUAUCGUGAUUCAGACAGGAACAAGAAUGGCAAUGCCAAUAGCUCGUCCACGACCCGUGUGCGGUCACAGAGCGGUGGAAACAACCACCCGCUACGACCCCCGAGAUGGCCCAGCUUUCCCCCUGAAGAAGAAGGGAUGGUGAUGGUGGAUGCUGUGGUCUAUAGACACAUGAUACAGGAUAUGACGUCAGUGAAGACGAUGUUAUUCAAACUCAAGAGAGCUCUUCAGGCUGUUGAUAACACAUCGUCCCCGUUUGAACAAGCACUUCUGAGUCCUUGUGUCAGUCCGUUGACCAGUCCCAUGAGUGAAGAUAACCCUAUACAGGAAGUAAUCAUUGACGAUCUGAAAGAGGAAAACCAUGUUCUUCGCAAGGAAGUGAAGAAUUUACAGGAACUUUUAGCGGACACGCAGCAUAAUUUAAAAGAACUGCAACUACAAAAGAAUGUACACACCUCAGCGGAGCAGCAAGAUGCCAGUACACAGUGCGUGAUUCUCACACAAGAUCAGUCCCUCCAAGUUUUUAUCAAACCACAUUCUGUCCAUGUUACCUCCUCCGCCCAAGCCACGCCCACCUCCAGUCCGACGCAUCGCAAAUACAGGGCUGAAGCCAGUAGUAAGAUAAAGGCUGCUUACGAGGAAUACAUGCGUCUUCAUAACGCCAAGAGAUGUGACUCGCCAGAGAAACUUUCCAAUAUGACAUCUCGUCACAACAGCCCCCUUAAGGUGGGCCUCUCCCCAACAUCACCGGAACCUCCGACCGAUCUUGCCAAUCACAUCCAGUACAUGGAGACGUCCCCACCCGGAGGCAGACGUCGCCCUCGAAGUGUCGAGGCGCCAUCCUCGAGUCAACUUUCGCCGACUAGAAGACGUCCUCAGAGUGCAGAAGGUCCUUCGUCUGAUCGAGGUUCCCCAGAUGGUCGAGGCUCUCCAGAGUCUGGUAGAACCAGCAAAAGGUCCCAGAAAAGCAAGAGUAAGAUUCCCUCGAGUCCGACCAGGGGCGACAAUAUGAUUAUAGAACCAGCAGCGCCCCAGAAUCCUGGGAGGUACAUGUAUGAUGAACCGAGUGAAAUAUCAAAGAAUGCUGAAGCUUCUGUGAUCGGCAAGGGAAAGCCUCCAACAGGUGGCUCUCAGAGUAAGAAGCUUACUGGAUCCAAGAAGAGCCAGUCUAAGCUGGCACGGCCAUCCUCCUACAAGUCCAAAGGGUCAGGUUCUCAGGACAGCCUUCAGUCAGAUGGCUCCCUGACAGAUGACGGGAGGCAGCCGACAGAAGAACGGAGAGGUGGGCCACUGAAGCGCCCACUGGUGUACUCACAGCAGCCCAAAAGCGCGAUGAGUUCGCCUAAACCACCAACAGGCCGGCAAGAGAUUCAACAGAAGAACAUGAACGGCAGCUCAGAUGGACUCUCCAAACCAAAGGAGAUCCGAAUGAUGGCGGUCAGGCAGCAAUCGGGGAAGAGUUUAUUGCAGAAAGGGACUCAGAAUCAGGAUACCUCUUCGCAAGACGAUCAAAGAGAUAAUGGAAGCCUGUCGACAAAGUUGCCAUCGCUCCUCCGGAUGUCCAAGACGCCCCAAACGAAACAGCAGGAGAUCCCGACCAAUCACAGAGGUCUGACCAACAGACCACCUCAGCUCAUCGACGCCAAUUCCAACCCAGUCCCACAGCAGAAUGGCGUCUCACACAAGACAUCAACCAGGACGGCAGUAGAAGAGCAGUCCGAUUCCCAACUGAAGUCGAUGCCUGUCCAAAUUCCUUGCGGGAUAAAGCAGCUCCCGGUUUCAGCCAACUCUUGUUUGUCGCAAUCGCCCGAGCGGGCGAGCUCCGGGGAGGAUGAGAAACCUUCCCCGCCGCCAUCUCCAAGGUCCAGGGGGCAACAGAGCAGUAAGAUCGCCCUUCCAGUCAGGGGUAGGGGAUCGAGUAGGCUUCCCAGGGGUAAAGGGAUUCCUACCAGGAGAACCAACAACUCUUAAAAAGGUCAGAGGUCAAAUAAAGGUAAUAAGGUUAUAAAAGUUAACAAUGUCCGGAGAUCAUACAUGCAUGAUCAUCAAACAGUAACAGCGACAUAGACCCCUUGUGAAACGCUACAGGGCUCUGAGGCACAAAGAGCAGCUAUCGUCCAAUGAUUUGGCUCCUUUGGCUUCAGUAAGGCUUCGGUUAGUGCGCUUUUUGGCGUCAGUGAGUUUUUUAAAUUAUUAUUGCGUUUGACAUCAUAUGCAAGGGGUCUAUUAAUUUCUUUGAUUUGAACAAUGAUUCAUCUUUUUUUUUUUUUUUUUAAUUCUCAGAAAACAUCGAUGGAUAAAA